UCAGCAUUGUUCAUAACGAAAUCGUACGUUGACUCGGACGAGUCGUUGGAUUGGUGUUCGAUCAGUGGAUGGCGUGAUCAAAUCAAUCGCCUUAAAAUCAAAUUUCGAAGCGCAUAGCAAAGGUGAAUGAUAAAAUUAAAAAAAUACACAUCAAAUUUAUGUUUAAACAAAUAGUGUAGAGCAGCAGUAAAACGGAGCGCCGCCAACUGCAAAGCUGACUUCCAUGCGCCGGUCGAAGCAAGUUUAAAUCGAAAAACCAAACAAAAAAUCAGUGUCGAAUCGGGUCGAGUGCGUGCGCGCCUGCAUACCCCAGACGUGCAGACGUGGUCAAGUGCGUCGAGUGCAGCGGCGAAUAGGCGGUCGGUCGGUCCGUCAGUCGAUCAGACAACACCAGUCGGGCAUUUAGUUACACCGAUUUUGAUUCAAUCUAUACACCCAGAUAGGCAUUGUAAAGCGGAACGAACGGAUCGCACAAUAAUAAUUAUAAAAUUCUGAAAUUUGCAUACUCGCUUAACUUCUAAAGACAAAAAAUUACAACAACUGCCAAGCUAAGAAGUGAUACAUCUACAUACCUACUUAUAAAUUAGAAAAUUAUGAAUUUUAGUUUUAUAAUGUCAUCGGCGUUUGUCUGCUGUGCAGCAUGUAGAAGAUGAUCGAAGCCUUUGCUAAUAAUUUAAGUAGUUAUUUGGGUCGACAUCUAUUCUAUUGGGCAGUGUCCCAACCGGAAGUGAACGGUCUCAACCUGCGUCUCACCGAAUUAAUUAACAAAUUCCACGGCCCACUUGAACGUGGCGUUCAGGUGUUGGACCAUCUGCUAACACUCGAAGAGGAGGAUUUCAAUGGCCAUUGGGGCAGCGCAUACACGCACAACUAUGAGCCGGAAUAUGCGAGCAGUGAUGGCAAUCAGGAGGUACUACAGCCGGCAAGCCAUCGUGAAGAACUGCCAACAGCAGCCAGAGUGUUAGCAGCGACGAGUGGAAAUAGUGGAACUAACAACAACACAAACAACAAUCGAAUCUCCUCUUCAAAUUCAAAUAUGGAAACGCUAAACAAUGGCAAUAGUCUAUCGCCGCCAUACAACAAUUCCUCAAAUUGUCACCAUCAACAGCAACAACGCAGCGCCAUGGUUGCAUUAGGUGCUGCUUCCUCAGCAGGUGGUGGCGGCAGCAGCGGCGGCGGCGGCAGUGGAUCUACUAGCGGUACUAGCAGCAUUGCAACUGGCAGCGGUGAGCAUAAUAUACAAAUAACGCAGCCAAUCAGCGCACCGUCGUCGCCACUUGCAUCGCCGGGUGCUAUUAGCACUUCAGCGCUCUUCUGUUUGCCAUCGAGUUCAUCGAAUGCUAUAACUGGCGGUAGCAGUAGCAGCGGUGGUAGUGGCAGUGGUUCAUAUGUUUGUACAGCUGGAGCGGCCAAUCAGUCAAACAAUUCAGCUACAAAUGCAGUUGAUACGGCCGAUCCCAACUGGCAGGCCACCAAGGCGACGGUACUCGAGCGCAACGCUGCUAUGUUUAAUAAUGAAUUGAUGUCGGAUGUAAAAUUUGCUGUGGGAGGAGAAUUUGCGGAUUGCGUGCAAAUUAUACCGGCGCAUAAGUAUAUCCUGGCCACGGGCAGUUCGGUGUUCUACGCUAUGUUUUAUGGUGGACUGGCCGAGAACAAACAGGAAAUUAAAGUGCCUGACGUCGAGCCAUCAGCGUUUUUAACGCUGCUAAGAUACCUAUAUUGUGAUGAGAUUCAAUUGGAACCUGAUAACAUUUUAGCUACGUUGUAUGCGGCCAAAAAGUAUAUUGUGCCACAUUUGGCACGCGCUUGCGUCAAUUAUUUAGAGGUCAAAUUGACAGCAAAAAACGCCUGUCUACUUCUCAGUCAAUCGCGUCUUUUCGAAGAGCCCGAGUUGAUGCAGCGUUGCUGGGAAGUAAUCGAUGCACAAGCCGAAAUGGCGAUUAAAUCGGAAGAUUUUGUUGACAUCGACCUGAAGACAUUCGAGUCGAUAUUGUCGCGCGAGACGCUCAACUGCAAGGAGAUCCAUCUCUUUGAAGCAGCUCUCAAUUGGGCUCUGAAUGCUUGCCAGAAAAUGGGAAUUGAUGCGAAUUCACAGAAUAAGCGCAGCAUGUUGGGUCAAGCAUUGCAUUUAAUACGUAUGCCAACCAUGACGUUGGAGGAGUUUGCAAAUGGCGUCGCCCAAACGGGCAUACUCACAUCACAAGAGACUAUUGAUAUAUUUUUGCAUUUUACCGCACAAUCCAAACCGCAUUUAAGUUUUUCAACACGCCCGCGUGCCGGUCUCAAAACACAAGUCUGUCAUCGUUUUCAGUCAUGCGCUUAUCGCUCGAACCAAUGGCGUUAUCGCGGACGCUGUGACUCAAUACAGUUCUCGGUAGAUCGUAGAAUUUUCAUUGUCGGUUUCGGUCUGUAUGGUUCCUCGACUGGUGCUGCUAAUUAUAAAGUAAAAAUCGAACUGAAACGUCUCGGACGCACGCUCGCUGAAAAUGAAACAAAAUUUUUCUCUGAUGGCUCAAGCAAUACAUUCCAUGUGUUCUUCGAAAAUCCCAUACAGAUUGAGCCGGAAUGCUACUACACCGCCUCGGUAAUACUGGAUGGCAAUGAGUUGAGCUUUUUCGGCCAAGAGGGCAUGUCCGAAGUGUGCAUGGGCAAUGUAACAUUCCAGUUCCAAUGCUCAUCAGAGAGUACAAACGGCACCGGCGUACAGGGUGGCCAAAUACCUGAACUGAUAUUUUACGGGCCCACAAUUGUGACGGCCUUGAAUUCACCCACUAAUUCGCUGUGCCCCACGCCAAUCGGAGCUGGUAGCAGCGGCGGCGACACGGGCGGUAGUGGCGCAUCGGUUGGCGGCGGCUUACACGUAAAUUGUGAUGACUUGUUAGGCAGCGGUGGUAGUGAUGGGGGUGGCGCCUUGAGUGCAUGAGAUAUGGCAGAGUAUUGCAAAGGCGAUGAAUUGGAGCUAUUUUGAAGGCGAAAACGAGGAGAACAAAUAAUGGCAACCUAUGGUUUUUCAAUGUGAAAUUUAGUGUAAAACUGAGAUGAAUAAAUAGUGUAAAGCAAGAAGUGAGCGAAUAGACAACCAAAUACAAUUAAAUACAGGCAUUAUUUACAAAAAUACUUGAAACAAAAAAAAAGCAAUGCCGAAAUUUUAUUCAGCGCGUAGGGCAAUGUGAAUAUCAAAACAUUGCAGUUAAAGAUGAAACGAAAAAAUUACAUAAACUGAUUAACAUUUACAAAAUAACGCAUUAAAGUGUCUAAGAAAAGUGUAAGCAAAGAAAAAUAAGGCAAUCAAAUUUGGUAAAAACAAAUUCUAAAAGCAUAAAAGAAACACUAAGCAAAAUAUAUAACUGAAAUAUGUAUUGCAUACGAUUUUGAAAGACUUGUAGAAUGUAGUAUUUUGGAUGAGACGUAAACGUAAACAAUAACCUGGCAAACAAAAUGUAAACAAAAAAGCAAUUGCAUAUUACAUACCUAGUGGCAGUCAUGCAUUUGACAUAAACGAAGAAAGAAACAUUUUACUACAAAGUUACUUAUUUAUCUAGUAUUUAUGAAAUCAUAAACUACGCAGAGCCAAGUUAUGAGUAGGGCGCAAUAAUAUUUAAAAUUUGCAUACAUAUUGACACACUAAUACACAUAUACAACCAUAUAAAUGCUUAAAGGGCAAAAUAACACUUUUUCCAAUAGUUUUUUCAUAUACCCGAAAGGAAAGAAGAAGAAGAAAAAAGUAAAAUUAAAAAAAAAAAACAAUUUAUGCUUAUCUAAAAUAUCAUCUAUUCAUACAUUGGAAACUAGAAUGCAAAAAUAUAUGCACAGUUUUUGACGAAAGGGCAUUAAUGUAGUAAAAUUAGUUGAGUUCGCAAGCAGUUAAAGAGUUUCAUGAGUAAACCAAAUACAAUUAUAACUUAUAGUCGAGCAAAUAAUUAGCGCACUCUCUUAGAAUUUUAGCGUUUGUCUCACGUGUAUUUGAAGCGUACAUGCAUACAUAUAAUCAAUACUGGAAAAGUUAAGAUUUUUAAUCUAUGUACAACUGCAUUGUCAUCAUUUAAGGACUUGCAUUUAUUUUGAAAUUUUCACUGCUCAUUUGUUUUUUUUUUGUUUUUGUUUUGCUUCUCUUUGGUUGUAUGGUGUUGUUGCGUUUCAGUCUUAAGAUGGAAAUGGAAAUGGAAAGGCCAGCAAGCAGUUAAUGCAACACUCAAUCAAUGCACAAAUACUAUAAUAUAAAUGAUUUUUGCUUAAGUCAAAAGCAAUUUUGUACUUUUUGCGCUUUUAUUUGAUCUAAUAUGCUUUUUUGUACGAAAAGGAAGGAUAAUCCUUUUUUUAGUUUCGGUAGCUGCUAUGUAGUAAGUUCUUUUUAAUCUCAUUUAAUCUGUCAAAAAUUAUGAAUAAAGAUAUUAGAGAUUUUUUAAUUACUUUUAA